AUGCAGCAACAACAGCAACAGCAGCAGCAGCAGCAGCAUCCGCAUCAGCAACAGCAUGAUCAGCACCACCAACAACACCAGGAGCAACAGCAGGAGCAGCAGCAGCAGCAGCUACCGCAGCAGCAGCUACCGCAGCAGCACCACAACCACCACCACAACCACCACCACAACCACCACCACAACCACCACCACCACCACCACCACCACCACCACCAGCAACACCAGCACCACCACCAGCACCACCACCAGCACCACCACCACCAGCAGCACCACGACCACCAGCAGCAUCAGCAGCAGCAGCAGCAGCAGCAGGAGGAGCAACAGCAGCAGCAGCAGCAGACCUAUAGUAUGGUGUGUAUUGAAGCCUAG